AUGCGCGAGAUCGCGGAGAUGUUCGUUCCCAAGGCCAUGUACAAGCAGAUUCCGGUGAAGAUGAUCCCGCCGGUGUCGACGGUGACGACGCUCGCGGGGUGGGGCGCCGCCGCGGGGUUCGGGCUGUUCUGGAUGAUCGGCGACGAUUCGUUCGCGUGGCUGAAGAGCGUCGUCGUGGGCGGGCCGGAGGAUGACGCGUAG